AUGAAAGUCUGCUACUGGAUAUUUCUAGUCACGUGCUUACUGGCACUCCAGGUCGCCUGCUGGAGGAGGCGAACGACGAUCCAAUUUCUGCCAUGUGGUAAUCUGUGCCUAUGUGUCCCAGCUUGUGCCACCCACCCUCGCCUGAGAGACAAGUGGAAUUUUCUGGAUGACAGCAGAAAGGUGUAUGUUCGCAUCCGAGCCCAUCAGAUGACAUACAAACACGGGUCAAUCAAAUACAUCAAAUACCGGUGUGUGGAGAACAGGGGCAACAUUUAUUUACUGAGAAAACGCAAGUACAAAGAGAAUGCAGACGGUGUGCUGUGUCUGGGUUUCAGCUUUGUGGCCGACCAUCCCAAAGCCGAAUACGCCAUCUUAAGGCUCAUGGGUCAUGGAGACGGCUCCCACCUACUCAGCCCAGUUGUCGUGCCCCACGAUGCAAAAAUUUCCAUUGAGAAGGACUGCGACCUUGAUGGAGAGUUCAUGGACGAUGACGUGUCUUACACAACCAGUGCUUUCAUCCGGCGGGCACUUCCUGGAUGUAAGUUCCCGCCAGAGAUCCAAGGGCGAUGGAACUUCACCUACCAACACGCCAAGAUGUGGGAGAUCUGGCAGCGCAAUGCUACGCUUCACUUGAUGAGCGGUCAGGCGGUCAAAUUUGUGUGUGACAAGCGUGACGGACGGGUGUUGGUGUUUAG